AUGGUGAAUGCAAGGAAAUGGUUAAAUGAAAAGAUUUCGGAAGAUCAAAGAGUACAAGCAACAUGUCUUUAUAUUUAUGGAAAAUGUUUAAUUGGAGAGUUAAAUCUUAAUAGCUUUGUUAAUUUGAAAGAAUUAUGUAUUUCUAGCAAAUCUAAUCAGAAAUUAACUAGUUUGAAGAUCGAUAAAUGUAAUAAGUUAAUUGCUCUAACAAUUUCUUAUACCAAUCUUGAAAGAUUAAUUAGCACGAUUCGAAAUGUUAAGAGCACUGAUAUUGAUGAUCUAAAAUUAAAAACUAAAAAAAUCGAGGAGGAAUAUUUGGAGUACCAAUUAGCUGCUAUUAAAGAUAAAUAUUCAUGGUUAGAAGUUUUAUUAGAAGCUUAG